GUGUAUCCGGAGGUGUCAGAGUCAUCUCAGGCCUGUCUGCCUCCGUCCUCCUUCCUCACCUGUUCCUCUGAUAGCACCAUCAGACUGUGGCACGCCGACCCCCCCACUGGGCACGCCAACCUGUACAGCAACGACCUGCUGAGGAUUCUGUACGUGGGCGAGAACACGCAGCGACCGCAGGCCGAGGCCGAGAAGGGCGAGGCAGCAGCAGGGGCUGAUGGGAAGGCGGGGAUCAGAGUGCUGAGUAUCAGUCCUGAUGGACAACAGCUGGCAGCUGGAGACCGCUGUGGAAACCUGCGUAUCUUUGGUCUGAAGUUUCUGGACCAGCUGGUGAAGAUCGAGGCUCAUGACUCGGAGGUGUUGUGUUUGGAGUUCUCCCCCACAUCCACAGGUGUGAAGCUGUUGGCGUCGGCCAGCAGGGAUCGACUAAUCCACGUCUUCAACCUGGAGGAGAACUACAGCCUGCAGCAGACACUGAGCGACCACUCGGCCUCCAUCACUGCAGUCAAGUUCACGGGUGAGAGUCCGGAGGUUCGAAUGGUGAGCUGUGGAGCCGACAAAAGCAUCUACUUCCAGACAGCUGAGCAGGCGGCGGACGGUCUGUCGUUCUCCAGGAGUCAUCACGUGGUGGAGAAGACGACGUUGUACGACAUGGACCUGGACUCGACGAGGACACACGUGGCCAUCGCAUGUCAGGACCGAAACAUCAGGGUAUACAAUGUGGAGACGGGGAAGCUGAAGAAGUGUUUGAAGGGCUCGUCCAGUGAAGACGGAGCUCUGCUGAAGGUUGAAAUUGAUCCGUCCGGGUCGUUCUUCGCCACCAGCUGCUCCGACAAAAACAUCUCCAUCUUUGACUACGAGUCUGGAGAGUGUGUGGCCACGCUGUUCGGACACUCAGAGAUCGUCACCUGUAUGAGGUUCAGUCAGGACUGCAGACACCUCAUCACUGUGUCAGGAGACAGUUGUGUGUUUGUGUGGAGGUUGGACUCUCAGAUGACCAGCACCAUGAGAAAGAGGCGGGGCUUCAAAGUGAGCGCUGCACCUGAAAGCUGCAGCGUCAGACAGCAGAACAUCAGGAGAGAGACCUUCACCAGCGUGCCCUCGUCUCAGCUGUCUCAGCUGGACGAGGAGGAGGAGGCUGACAGCGGUACUCCAGCUAGACCGGACUCUGCUCAGG